UUACAGCUGUUCUUUAUUGUGAUAGCAAUCCAAAUAGGGAGAAAAAACAUUUAAUUCGCUGCUGGAAACCAAAAUUAAACCCUUUGAAAAGUAGUUUUAUUAUUUUCAACUUCCAUUUAUGGUUUCAUGUUUAUAGUUUCCUGAUUUCGUACUACCCCGUUAGAAUGUCCCUGCAAACGGGCUUGGCUUUCAUUUUCACCAUAUUAGCCUCUGUUAGUAUCGUCGCAGCAAUUAUUUUGUUGGGCUGGUUCCUCAUCUGGAAGGCGUUUCUAUCGAAAUUUCGUCUGGUUCGCGAGCUGUUGGGUCAGGAGGAGCCGGAGGAUCAGCAACCCCUUGCUUGGGAUCACCAGAAUCAACAGCCACACCAGCACGGCAGAGCCAGGAAAGCUCGCCGAGACUAGGAAGCACAUCUAUACAGC